AUGGGUAAUGUAUGGAAAAUUAUGAAAAUAAUAACCGACAUGCAUUUAUUUUUUGCGCUCGCUCGAAAAAUAUCGCAUAAACUUACGCGUUUUUCGAUGAGUGAAAAUAAUCGCGAUAAAUCCGGUUCACGCGGUGGUGGAUCAAGCAGUAAUCGACAGAAUAGCAGUAAUAAUGGAAGUGGUGGUGCAACGGUUAAUGUAGUUGCUAGUGGAGGAGAAAAUUCAUUAUCACGCGCAAAAUCAGAUCGUCGGAAUAAUGCAGUUGGCAGGUACGUUUCAUAUUAUUUUAAUUACCUUUGUUCGUAUGUUGAUAAUUUUAGUCCUCAUCAUCACCAUAAUCAUCAGCGUUCAAGAGAAAAUAUUAAUCAGAGUGGUGGCGGAAGAGGACAUCAUGGCAUCAAUAUGGGGGUUGGAGGUGGUGGACCGGGCCUAAUGGGUGCAAUGGGUCCGCGUAUGAUAUUUUCGGGUCAAGCAUUCAGUGAAACGGAACUGAUGACUGAUCUCCCGAAGAAAAAAUUUACUGGUCGAUGUCGUUUAUUUGUUGGGAAUUUACCGAUGGAUCUUAAAGAAGAGGAAUUGAAAGAAUUAUUUGCUCCGCAUGGGGAUAUUGCAGAAUGUUACCUUAGUGGAAAAGGUUUCGCAUUUCUCCGUAUGGACACACGUGCACAUGCGGAAAGCGCAAAAGAAGCAAUUGAUGGUAAAAUAAUUCACAAUAGACCAGUGCGUGUACGCUUUGCAGUACAUGGUGCUGCAUUAAAAGUAAAAGAAUUAUCACCGACAGUUUCAAAUGAGAUGUUAUAUCACGCCUUUUCGGCAUUUGGUGAAGUAGAACGUGCCGUUCAUAUUGUUGAUGAAAAAGGAAAGCCAACCGGCGAGGGAAUUGUUGAAUUCGAGAGAAAACAUUCUGCUAAUGAAGCACUUCACCAAAUACGAGAAAAAGUUUUCCUUCUUACUGCGAGCCCGAAGCCGUUGGUAGUCGAAAUGUUGGAACCAAGAGAUGAAGACGAUGGACUUGCUGAGAGAAUGAUUCAACGUAACGCUCAACUGCAAAAGGAGCGUGAAGUUGGACCAAGAUUCCCGCCAACGAAUAGUUUUGAAUAUGUCUUCGGCCUUAAAUGGAAGGAGCUUUAUGAAAUGGAAAGGCAGCGUAGAAAUCAGUUGGAAGAUGAACUGAAAGAAGCGAGACGAAGACUGGAAGCCGAUAUGGAACUUGCUUUUCAAGAUUAUCAGACACAAAUGCUACGUGAAGAUUUGGCUCGUCGACAGCAAGAAUUGGAACGGCUUGAGGCAGCAAAACGAGAACGAAUGGCGCAAGUUGCAGCUCGACGUGGAGAGAUGCCAUCAUCUAUGAUGAAUAACAACUUACCUGGACAAGGUGGACCUCCACAAGUUGGCCUUGGAGGUCCAAAUGCACCUUCAAGUGGACCACAACGUGAGUUCUUCGUCGGCGGUGGAAGUAGUGGCGGUAAUUUAUUACUGUUCUACUUUUUUUCAUUGCCUCUUAUUUUUCAUAAGCAUGAAAAAGCCUCACUUUCAUCAGUUUUUGAUCAUUUUUUUCAGUGCCAUGCUUUCACUUUCCUUAUAAUUUUCCUUAUAUCUUUCCUUUUAGGCCAUUUUGGUGGUCCAAAUGGUCCAGACAUAAGUCGAGGACCUCCAAAUCAGGGUGAUAUGAUGGGACGUGGGCCUCCUGAUAAUAUGAUGCGAAAUGGUCCACCAAUGGAUGGGCCAAUGGGUCGCAAUAUACCUCCUCCAUUUCAGCAAGGACCUAACCAAGGUCCUCGGCCUGGUGGUCCCGUUGGUUCCGGCACGCCUGGUGGACAGUCUGGUCCAGGAAUGGGUGUUCCCGAUCCUACUCUUGUUCAAGGUGUUCAAAAACUGCUGCAAAUAUUUCGAACUGACAAUCCAGGAGGAGGACGUUCUAUGCCGCAAGGACCUCAAGGAUUUGGACCGAAUUUUAUGGGUCCAGGUGGCCCCCCGUUCGGGCCUGGAGGCCCAGCUGGGCCUUUUCAUCGUGGACCACCCAUUAAUGAUUUUGCGCCGCCUUCUGAGAAAAGAAUGAGAAGAUGA